AUGGCGAACAAAGGACUUUCAAGUGGAGAGACGAUUGGGAUUGUGCUCACCGGUGUCAUCUUCUUCGGCUUGAUCACCUUGGUUCCACUGGUGCUUAUCGCGGCUCGUCGGCGGCAGCCGGCUCUUGUUCGCGAGGCCGCUCAAGGCCGUGCCGCACCUUCGAUGCGGCAGCUCGCCGUAGCCGGAUGGCUGCGAGAAAUGAAAGUUUCUACACUUGAUGAAGAGCAUGCUAAAGAUGCCUGUCCCAUCUGCCUUUCCGCUCUAUUGUCUUCGCCAUAUCUCGCCCGUCCAGAGCCGGCGCUCAUCCAGCCCGACGGACGCAACCCUUCACCAACCCGGUCCCACAGCUCUGCUUCUCCAAGCCACUGUGAGGUGCCUUCCGGCAGCACCCGAGGCGACAGCGAGAUUCUCGUCCUGAACAAAUGCAACCAUACCUUCCAUUCCGCAUGUAUUACCUCGUGGUUUAACUAUCGAUGCUACAAGUGCCCGCUUUGCCAGACUUCAUAUGCACCUCCCGAACAUGUUUGA